AUGGCAACCAAUGACGUCACUGCGGAAAGGAUUCAUUCACGAAUGUUCGACGCCUUCGCGUUUCUAAGGCCAAGGACCUUUCUUUGGAAACUAGUAUAUUAUUACGUAUCACCGUUACGUAUAACCAUAAUCCUCCUGAAAAAAUACCUUUAUAUAAAUUACAAACUAUAAUUCUAUAUUUAUAAUAGUUCAGGAUCAUUUUCCCUUGUUUUAUAUCAUAGUAUAAUAAAAUUUUGCUAACUUAUCACCAUUUCCAAAUUCCUUUUUAAUUUUCCCUAUUUCUAGGAAAUUCUGAAUCUUCCUUAUUGAGUGUGGGUGAGAUACAAAUACGAGCACAUUUGUUCAUUUUGUACAUAGGGUAUUAGAGUUUACUCCACAGAGUUUCCAAAAUUGCACAGAGGUAGCAAGUAAAAUCGUCAAUUUUUUUCAAUUAACAGAGCAUUGCUGUAAAUAUAUAUUUCUUUUUUAAAUUCAUUCUAUGUAAAUUAUAUUUAUUGAAAUUUUAUACUUACAUUGCCUUUAAUAUUAAUGAAAUAUGCGAAUGUUAUAUAAAUAAAAUAAAUUUCCAUUUAUAUUAAUUAUGAAAAUUAAUGAUUAUAAAGAAUUUGUAACUCUUAAUCAUAAAAUCCUUGUAUAUAGUACCUAUUGACACACGGUAAUAUUAUAAUUCUAUAUUUAUAAAUAUACGUAUCUUCGAAUUGUUGAAUAUACUUUCUAAUCAAAGACAAAUUUGUGUAUUAUCUUCAGCAAUUUAAUUAUAAUAGUUUAUUUUUUAUUUUAUUUAUCAAUUUGAUAUAUAAUAUAUAUUAUCUAUAUAUCAAUAAAUGAGUACUUAAAUGUUCAAAAAUAUUAUCUCUGACUUAUAGUUAUAGAGAUUCAUAGUUAUAGAAUGAAUAUAAAAUCAAUUCAUGAUUGGUUAAAGAGACAAACAACAUACCAAACAGAAUUUAGAUUUAGAAAGAAGAACCAAUCAAAUAAUCUGUUUUAUAUGAUCAUGCUGUCCGUAUAUUGAAAAUACCACCUGUGAAUCAACAGCUGUUCAACAAGGACAAUGUUCUAAUGUCAGACAGUAAAUUUUUAUCUGAUUUUGGAUUGACAUCGGCAACUGCAAAACCACAAUGUCCUGCAUUAGUAGGAUUAGCUGUACGUCAAGAAAAUGGUCAAUUUGAACCUUUAGAGAUGACACCAUUCUCAUUACCACCUGACUUACCAGAUGUCAUGAAAUCUCAAGAAGCUAAUGGACAAGAACAAUCACCUUGA